AUGUGGACUGUACCGAAGCCAAAAUAUAGACCCGGUUUGUGCACUGAAGGGGAGAUCGCCGUGAACAUAGGCGGAGUUCGAGUGGUUCUUUUCGGGGACGUCCUGAACCGUUACCCGGAGAGCAGACUAGCGGAGCUGCUGACCUGCUCCACUCAAAACUACGAGAGGAUUUCAAGUCUUUGCGAUGAUUUUGACCCCGGCAGAAAAGAGUUCUACUUUGACCGUGACCCAGACGCGUUUAAGUGUAUCAUAGAUGUCUAUUAUUUUGAUGAAAUCCACAUCAAAAACGGGAUCUGCCCUAUCUGCUUCAUAAAAGAAAUGGAAUACUGGAAAAUAGACCAGAGCGUUUUGGACGAGUGUUGUAAAAGUUAUUUGAGUGAGAAAGAGGAAGAAUUGAAGGAGAUCUCCAGUAAAGUAAAGGUGAUCCUGGAGGACUUGGAAGUGGAGCGGUGCGUAACGCGGAGCCAAAAGUGCCAGAGGUUUUUAUGGCGCCUUAUGGAAAAACCAAGCUCCUCUUUAACAGCGCGUGUCAUUGCUAUCGCUUCUUUCCUGUCAGUUCUCGUGUCUGCGGUAGUCAUGUGCGUGGGGACCAUCCCCGAGCUCCAGGUGCCAGACGCGGAGGGGAAACUUGUUGAACACCCCACGCUCGAUGUCAUAGAGACCGCGUGCAUGAUGUGGUUCACUGCGGAGUAUGUGCUGCGUCUCGCCUCAUCUCCAAACAAAGUUCACUUCGCUUUUUCUAUUAUGAACGUGAUAGACUUCAUGGCUAUCAUGCCUUUCUAUGUGGUUUUAACGCUCACGUAUCUCGGCACCGCGUCAAUGAUGGAACUCGCAAAUGUGCAGCAGGCGAUACAAGCUCUGCGCAUCAUGCGAAUAGCGAGAAUAUUCAAGUUGGCCCGCCACUCGGCUGGACUUCAAACGCUCACAUAUGCGCUGAAAAGGAGCCUCAAAGAAUUGGGCCUACUCCUCAUGUACAUGGGAGUGGGUAUAUUUGUUUUCUCAGCGCUGGCAUACACGAUGGAACAAAGUCAUCCCGAAACACUUUUCAGAAGCAUCCCUCAGUCGUUCUGGUGGGCCAUAAUCACCAUGACCACAGUGGGGUAUGGUGACAUUUACCCCAAAACGACCUUGGGGAAGUGCAACGCAGCAGUCAGCUUCCUCUGUGGAGUAAUAGCCAUUGCUCUCCCUAUUCACCCCAUUAUCAAUAACUUUGUCAUCUUUUACAAUAAGCAAAAAGUGCUGGAGAUAGCGGCCAAGCGCGAGGUGGAGCUGAUGGAGAUGAAGUCCACGCCAGAGACGGAGAGAAAGAGCAGGGAGCAAGUAUCAGCAGCUUCGUAA